UAGUCCAAUUUAAGUUAAAUAUGGUAGCGAAAUGUAAAUAUGCUAAACCGCGGGGUUUCGUUUGAAAGUGUUCCCUCCGAAAACUUCGACAGACGGUGAAACCCAGCCCCGACGCGUCCGAGGAUCCGAGCCCUAGAAAUGGGGAAGAAGGGCAAAGAGCGCGCGAAAGAGCGGCGGCGGCAGCGCCUUGAAGAGAUCGCCGAGCUCCGUGAGGUUCCGUACAGCCCCUCCGAGAGGUGGUGGUCGGGGGAGACGGCGGCGGUGGUGACGGGGGCGAACCGCGGGAUCGGCUUGGAGAUCGCGCGGCAACUCGCGGCGCACGGUCUCCGCGUCGUGCUCGCCGCGCGCGACGCCGAGCGCGGCCGCGCCGCCGCGGAGCGGUUGAGGGAGGAGGAAGGGCUCUGCGUCGAGCCGCGUCAGCUUGACGUUACGGAUUCGGCGUCGGUUGACGCAUUCGCGAAUUGGGUCUCCUCCGAAUACGGUGGAAUCGAUAUCCUGGUCAAUAAUGCAGGUGUGAACUUUAAUACAGGAGCAGAUAAUUCCGUGGAAUCUGCUGAAGAGGUUAUUGCAACAAAUUAUUUUGGCACAAAAAGGAUGAUCAAAGCCAUGAUUCCUAUAAUGAAACCUUCUCCUUUUGGUGCUCGUAUAUUGAAUGUCAGCUCAAGACUUGGUAGAGUGAAUGGAAGGCGAAAUAGAGUGGGUGAUGAAGCCCUCAGAGAACGAUUGUUGCAAGACGAUUGCUUGUCUGAGGAACUUAUUGAUGGAAUGGUUACCAAAUUUCUUGAGCAAGUUAAACUGGGAACUUGGUCAUUGAAUGGAUGGCCUCAGAUGUACACCGAUUAUUCUUUAUCAAAGUUGGCGGUGAAUGCUUACACCCGGCUUAUUGCAAAAAGGAUUUUGGAUAAGCCCGAAGGUGAAAAAAUAUACAUCAAUUGCUUGUGUCCAGGCUGGGUGAAGACUGCGAUGACUGGUUGGGCAGGAAACAUUUCAGCAGAGGAAGCUGCAGACACUGGAGUUUGGGUUGUUCUUCUACCACCUGAAAAAGCCCCUAACGGAAAGUUUUUUGCUGAGAGGCGAGAGAUAAGCUUUUAAGUUUUACUGCAAGAAAUAGAGUUCUUUCAGAUAGAGAAGGGGUGCUUCCGAGACGCUUAUAUUCAUCAUUUGAAUUAAGCAGCUCUCUGGCUAUGGUAUGGUAGGAAUCCUUGAAGAAAGAUGAAGGUGAUGUAACUUUUGGGUGUAGUUUUUUUAACUUCUGCAACCUGUUGAGUUAGCAAGGUGAGCUUCUUGUUGUCUGAACUUAAAUAAGUACCUCAAACUUUGGAAAGUAUAAUGGGGUUGAAUUAACAUACUCUGCAGGUGGUGAAAUUGUAAUAUAUUGACUAAAAUAUAUGUAACAUUUGUACAAUAUGUUUUACUCAAUUGAGCCUCUUUUUAAUGUAAUACACUGUACUUUUCAGGUC